AUGAAAAGAAUCACAACUUUCUCUCUCUCACAUAUUGCUUUCAGAGUCUUUCUUUUCCUUGUAGUUUUCUCUGCCCUUCCCUCUUGUUACUUUUUCUCUCCCUGUCAUUACUUUUGUUCUCUCUCCCUCCCUGUCAUUACUUUUGUUCUCUCUCCCUCCCUGUCAUUACUUUUGUUCUCUCUCCCCCCUGUCGUGCUCCCCUCUCUCCCCCCCUGUCUCCCUCUCUCUCCCCCUGUCGUGCUCCCACUCUCUCCCCCCCCUGUCGUGCUCCCCUCUCUCUCCCCCCUGUCGUGCUCCCCUCUCUCUCCCCCCUGUCGUGCUCCCUCUCUCUCUCCCCCCUGUCGUGCUCCACUCUCUCCCCCCUGUCGUGCUCCCUCUCUCUCCCCCCCUGUCGUCUCUCUCCCCCCCUGUCGUGCUCCCACUCUCUCUCCCCCCCUGUCGUGCUCCCACUCUCUCUCCCCCCCUGUCGUGCUCCCCCUCUCUCUCCCCCCCUGUCGUGCUCCCCUCUCUCCCCCCUCCUCCCCCUCUCUCUCCCCCCCUGUCGUGCUCCCCCUCUCUCCCCCCCCUGUCCCCCCCCCCCCUCCCUCUCUCUCCCCCCCUCCCUCUCUCUCCCCCCCUCUCUCCCUCCCUCUCUCUACACUUGUCUCUCCCUCCCUCUCUCUACACUUGUCUCUCUCCCUCUCUACACUUGUCUCUCCCUCUCUACACUUGUCUCUCCCUCUCUACACUUGUCUCUCCCUCUCUACACUUGUCUCUCCCUCUCUACACUUGUCUCUCCCUCUCUCUCUCUACACUUGUCUCUCUCGUUACUUCUCUCUCUCUCUCUCUCUCUACACUUGUCUCUCUCUACACUUGUCUCUCUCUACACUUGUCUCUCUCGUUACUUCUCUCUCGUUACUUCUCUCUCUUGCUUAUUACCUCUUUCACUCAUUACUUUCUGAGGUUGUCUAUGUCUGUCUUGUUCCUUUCAGUGGUUAUUGUUCACUUUGUUUUGUAACCAGACCUUAG